CACACACACACACACACACACACAGAAGGCCAGCGAGGAGACUAGUUCCGGAAUUCUCUGCUCUAUUUGAGUACAGCAUAAAACGCUACAUAAUUCCCAGUCGUUUGUACUCCUUAAUCAUGUCUGGCGUGCAGGUUGAAUAAUUUAGUCACAGUGUUCUAACACGAGUUCAGUAUGCCACCAAAGAGAGUAAAAAGCGGAAGUGCGCCCGGAGCGGCCGCGGCCGGUGGAAAUAAAACUUGGGAAAGUGGCCUCGCUGCAGCACAAUUCGAAGAGGACUCUUGGAAGGCGGACAUUUCUCUUGUGGUGGGCGUGAGGACGGAGGACGAGGAGAACAUCAAAGCCCUCGUUCUGGCUGUGCAGCUGCCCGUGCGCAGGUCGUUCACCGUGAUCACGUGGGAUGCCACGCUUGAAAAGAUCCAUGAGCUGGGAAACCCAAAAGCCAAGAAGCCCAAGGACGUCCCCGUGUUUUAUGAAGUCCUGGAGUCUGCGAAGGCGGUCCUGGAUGCGGGGGAGGAGCUUCCUGCUCAUCUCCUGGGAAAAGUGGUGAAGUUCCAGCUCCUGGUUGCUAAGGCCAACGACCUGCAGAGGAGGAUGACAGAGCAGAGGGCACCAGAGGAAAAGGGGAAGGGGAAGAGCAGGGCAGGCUCUCCCUCCAAGGAGAAGGGCGGAGCUGCCGCUAAGGCUGCUGGGAAAGGGGAGAAGGGGAAGAAGGUGUCGGAGCCGCCUGCCCCCGCCAAAGAGACCAAACUGAAACGCAGAGGGGAGGGGGAGGAGACCAGCAAGUGCAUUGAAGACGAGCCGGUUGAUGGGCCCCAGCUCUAUGUGCUGAUGGUGGGCUUCCUGCAGCCCCAGCUGGUGGCUGCUCUGGAUCUGUUGGGCGUCCGCGUCUCCAACAUCAUCAGGGUGAGCUCAGCGAGCAGCAUCGGCCGGGACAGGAUCCAGCAGGAGCCCCUAAACGAGCCCGCAGCGGAGAGAACCCCCACUCCCCAGGACCAAGCUGCAGAGAGUGACUCAGUGAGGGUGCAGGCCCAGUUGGCCCGGUUCUGGAAGUACCUGGACCCGGUGCUGAGCAGCGGCCCGCCCCGGUCCAGUUUGUGGGACGUGUCCCGGCUAGAGCAUGCCGUGUCAGAGGAGCGUCCCGACCCUGACAGCACCCAGGUCCUGUUGACCUUCGGGAUGCGUGUGUUUGAGGGCGUGGCCUGCCUCAUCUACGACUGUCUGGAUUGGAGGAGACAGCACCUGCACUACCUCAGCUGCCUCAGGCUGCUCCAGGUGCCAACCGUAGCCGUUGCCAGGGGCAACGCACCAAGCCGCCAGGACAGCCCUGGCCAGGCUAACGUGAGACCGGACCCUCAGACUCCAGCGUCCAAAAGGAAACCUGUCCCAGAAGAGUCCGCUGCAGUGGCACCGCCUGUGGUUACCUUGGAGUGUGACAUGCGGUACUACAGGGACCUGCUGGAUCUGUUCCCCCCCGAAACUGUGUCUGUACCCCUAAUCCUGCACUGCCUGAGAGAGCAGGUGGUGGCGACGCAGGAGCAGAUUCCGCCUCCAUCCGCAGUGAGAUCGAAGCCCCGUGCACAUGGGCUGGACCCCAGCCUGGCUGAUCACAUGAUCAGAGCCGCACUCAGCCUGGGCCUAUCAGAGGAGGAAGAGGAGAAAUUGCGGGCUGACUUUGGGGUGGAGGACUGUGGUCAGCAGAAGAAAGAGCUCCAGCACCCCCUGCUGUUCAACAGCCAGGACGAGAGGAGCAUGAGGUUACAGCAGCUAUCUGUGCAUUGUGGGCCGGACCCUGUGCAGGUGGAGGCGGAGAUGUUGCGCGGCAGUCCGUUGUGGCGGUCGCUGCGUUGCACCCCGCCGCAGAGUGAGACCAGGCGCCUGGCCAGAGCGCAGGAGCUGCUGCACUUCUGCACCGACGAGUCGCUGAGCUGGGCCGAGGUGGAGUGGGCCUUCUGGCAGUUUGUGUUUGAGAGCAUGCACCUGACCCAGGAGGAGGGGCGGGGCCUGGGAAUGGGGGUGGGGCCAAAGCCUCCACCCAUAAUUCCCUGGAAUGACCCCGCCUCCUUCAUACGGCAGAUCCGCACACGGGCUGCUCAGAGCACCGAGGAACAUGCCAAUAGAGAUUUGGAAAGUAGAUAUGACCCUGCAGGAUCAGAAUUAAACAAGGAGGAUGGAGGUCCAGUGAAGUGGUCCAGCAGGGUGGAGAUGGCAGAUAUCCAGGGAACCCGGGUUCGAUCCCUGAGAGACUGGCAGUUUGCAGAACACCACAAUCCCAGUGUUUUCCCCCAGGUCUUACAGAACGCCUGUGAGAAUUACCGCUCGGUCGACAUGCUCCACGGGGUCCAGGAUAAAGCCGUGUUCCUGGUCUGCCACAAUCCCAUGAGCCCCGAGCGUCAGAGCAGGGAAUUCUGGGAUAUGGCCCUCCACACCGAUGUGGGCUUCAGGAAGUACCUGGCGCACGUAGCAGAGUCCAUCUCAGAAUGGACCAAUCAGGAGGAGGCCAGGAGGCUCGCUCAGCAGGAAGAGAGAGAGGCGGAGCGCCUAAACGCCCCCACCCCCUCCGAACACUCCAGGGCCUCCAGGAAGAGGAGCAGGGGUUCCCCCAGAAGGACCACAGCUGCAGCCUCGCCUGUAAAGUCUCCCUGCCCAGAGGAGCCAGCCCCGGAGCUGCACAUCCGACAGGACUCUCUAAAGGCCUGGAAAAUGGAGCAGGAUCGACAGAGAGAGGAAGAGCUCGCAAAGAAAGCCAAGAAAGAGAAGGAGAGGAAAUCGGGAUCUAAGGGAGGCGACCGCUCCCCGUCCUCCAGGGCGAGCAAGAAGACCCCCUCUGCCAACCGGAGGAAGAAGCAGGAAGCGCAGAAAACCCCUGAGCCUGCAGCGCCCCCUGAGGACGGGAGGACUGAACCACAGCUGCCCGUGGAGGAGCCCAGAGGCUUCACCGGUUACUCCAUGGGGGGGGACCUGAUCCAGGUGUGGGGCUCCGCCCAGUCUCUCUUCCCCUCCGAUGGAGGAUGCAUUAGAGUGGAGAGCACACAGUUUAUCCAGGGCUCUACGAUGGUGAAGGUGUGCGUGACGAAGGACAGGCACGAGUUCUUCAUCCACGUCACUGAGCCCAGGAGGGACGGCAGGGGGGAGGGCGAUGACAUCGUCGCUGUGGAAGGAGGAGCGGAGCAGGAUAAGAGGCCUGUGAGUAAAUUUGGCUCCUUCUCAGCUCAGCUGGAAAACGGGAUCCGCCUCUCCUACAGCUACCACGGCCCCUCAGGAGAGACUGCAGAGGAGAAGGACCCCACUCUGGCCUCUGUGCUGGACAUCCGCCCACCCCCCACCCCCUCCCCCGUCCCCUCCAGCGCCACCUCCCGCUCCCCCUCUGGGAAACGCCUCAAAUCCCCCUCCAAAGGGACCCGCACCAAGGGGAGCACCCCACCCCUUGUCCCGACAGAGAGAGAAGCCCCAAGAGAGAGAGAGACGCAGGGGACCCCACAGUACACUCAGGGGGGUAAAGAGAAGCCUGCGCUGCCGGAGAGUUCUGGAACAUUCCCAGAGCAGCCCCCCCUCCGGUGCCUGAACACCUGCACCCCCCAUGGCCUGCUGGUGCAGUUCCUCAGCGCGCGAGCGGAAGGUGUGGAGGGGGGGCCCCAGGGGGUGAUGGUGAGGCAGAGUUUCCCCGCUCUCAGGCAGAGCCGGGGCCUGGGGGGGGAUCUCACUCUGUCCCUGGAGCACUCCAGACUCAUCACCAGCCAGGGCACCGUCAUCAAAUACCUGAGGGACAGCUCCACUCAGGUACUCUUUGCAGAUGGCACAGUCAGUAGCAGCCCUGACACUGGACCUGUUGGUAAGCCACCCCCUGACCCCCCAGCCCAGGAAGAGGAGGUGAAGGGUCAGAGGUCAGAGAUCAGAGAGCUGGUGGAGAAGAAGGGGAAGUUGAGCUCCAAGCCCAGCAUGGCUGCCACGGCAACAGUGAAGCUGGAGGGGGUGGAACUCAGCGACUCAGACCGCACGGCUAACCAGGGCGGGGCCAAACAGGAUGGGCCCGAGCAGGGUGGAGCUACUCGGUCAUGUGAUCGCACCUGGGUCACCACCGCGCCCUCUGGACUCCGUGUGGCAACCACAGGAAACAGAGCCGUCCAAACCCAGCCCCUCAUGGCCUGCAAAGCCACGGAUCUCAUGACUGGAACAGUACUGAUCACCAGGGAGGACAGGGUGCUCCUGGUGCUGGAGGAGGGUGGGAGUCUCACUGUGGAGCACGCUGAUGGCACCAGAAUCACCACCUUUUACCGGGAGACGGAGGUCCCCCUGUCCGCAGAUCACCUGGAGACAGGAGAGGAAGUUGUCACCGUGACCAGGAAACAGAAGUUGGUGAAGGUGGAGUGCGAGGGGUUUGUUACCGUGAUGAUGAGCUGUGAGGAGGGAGCCUGUUCGGCUGAGUUUGGAGAAGAAACGGUCAUCACUGCUCAUCCCAAUGGAUCCUAUCAGGUGUUUCCCUCAGCGGGGGGGCUGCUCUGUAUCGAUGAGGACGGCACGGCUACAUACACCUCCCACCCAGGCCACAGCUCAGCACAGACCCCUGCUGGCCAAAAAGCAGAACUGCAGCCUGGCUGCUACACCAUGAGGCACACCGCCACGGUCGUCUGUGAGGCCCUGGACCCUGAAGGGAACCUGUUCCAGGUGAUGGUGGAUGGGGAAACCUCGGCUGUUGUCUCUAGCCGUGAAGAUUUCUUGGAGGAAGAGAGGCAGGAGGAAGAGGGUGAGGAAGAUGAGGAGGAGGAAGAAGGCGACUCAGAAAGUGCAAAACUGCUGAAGUUCCCGUGUGUCAGAUAUAAAGAGCACUCACCCAGGUUCUUUGUCGUCCAUGAGGACGGCUCAGGCGUAGAGCUGCUGCACUACAGUGAUGUGGAGGACUUCCUGUGCAGUGCGAACUCUGACCCCACUGUCGCCGUGCUCAAGGAACCAAUCCCAGAGCUCCAAGGAGUAUGGGGUAUCACCGUACUGCGCCCCUGUGCUAAAGACGUCUGGUCCCGCUGGCUGACCCCUAAACCGAGUGAUGACAUCAUUCCCACCAACCUCAGGUCCAGGAGAUGGGACACGUUCCCCGCCAGAGAGAGGAGAACCCCGGGGCCCCCGUUCGGCUCCACCCUGGGGAGGGGCCUCUACCUGAAGGACCGGCCCGCACCCCGCCCACCUGCGCCCCUGCUCACCUGCCCCGAGGUGCUGGAGGUUCGACAGCUCAUCCAGUACCAGCCAAUCAGCAGCCGGCUACGCAGCAGGCUGCAGAGGCGACUACAGAAGUACCUGGAGCACCUGCUGGAGAGGGAGCUCCUGUGGGAGGAGGCGCAGCUGAAGGAGCCGCGUACAGAGGAAGAGAAAGUCCACGCCACCGACCUGCUGCAGCUGGUCCUGUCUUUUCCAGACUCUGAGAGCCCAGCUGACACCAUGCAGAGGAGACUGAGCACAGUGGAUGUGGCCUCCCUGUACACACACAGCAUAUCCUCAGUGCUGCAGGAAGACACUGUCACUCAUUUAAAGGGACCUGAGGUGGAGCUCAGAGACAGCUGCAGUGGAGAGCAAGAGGAGUCCCUCUGGGCCAGCAGGAUAGAGCAGUACAGGCGGGAGCUGCGGGAGGUGGAGGAGUGCCGGUGGGCCCUGAGGAACCGGGUCAUCCCCCCGUACUUCAGCUCCGACAUCUACAGGGCCUUUGCCCCCGCAGAGCAGGUCCCUGACAUGAAAUCCUUGUCAAUGGAGCUUCCGCCGUUUCCCAGGCAACGAGAGAACACUGAAAUUCAGGAAUUCCACAGAGAUGCUCCAGACCCAGCCAGCCGGAGGCCCUCGAACCCCACCCCCUCUCACGCUGCCGGAGGCGAGGCCCCCUCUCAGGAGAGACCCACUAACCCCACCCCCCAGGCUGCGGCCCCACCCCGCCCCCCCUCCGCCUCAGGGAACAGUCACACACUGCGCCCCCAAACAGAACAGGACCAGACCCCAGUGGCUCCGGGACCCCGGGACCCCAUUCCUGACCACAGUCCCCAGGAGCGCAUGUGUGUGCCAGUGUGUGGACCCUCCAGCCAGACAGAGGGGCAUUCAGGACGCACUGCAGCCGGGCACAGGACAUGGGCGCUGGAUGUGGCAGGAAACCCGCGCAAGGAGAGGGUCAGACUUCCCUCUGCCAUCCUGAGCACCAAGCCCAGCAGCCGACCCAAUCAGAGGUUCCUUUCUGUAGAAGAGCCAGUCCGGAGGAAGGUGCGGACUGUGUCUGUGUUGGGGUCUCAGCUGAAUGGGCAUGUACCGACCCCCCCUCGGGGUUUCCAGCUGCUGCCAGCUGAGGUGGAUUUUGGGGUGCUGAGGGAGGGGUACACCUACUCCGUCACGGUGAUGAUGAAGAACGUGGGGGUGGACUCCUGCAGGUUCAGCGUAAAGCAGCCGCCUCCUGCCACUGGACUGAAGGUCAUAUACACCCCGGGGCCUGUGGCUGCAGGGAUGAAGACUGACCUGCAGGUGGAGCUGUUUGCCAUGGCCACUGGGCUGCAGGACCCUGAGGAAGAGGGAGCAGUCUCAUAUUACAUCCAGAUCCACACAGAGACCGAAAUUCUUUACUUGCCUGCGUCUGCAACUGUCCUUCCGGGAGACCUGUAUGACAGCAGGGCCCGAGUGGGCGGGGCCAAGGUUCAGGUGGGCGGGGCAAAGGUGCGGCUGGUCUCCACCACACCCUCAGUGCAGCGAGGGGUUGUGCGACCUCACAGACGGCCCAGUCCUCCAGAUGAAGAACUCCCCUGAUACACACACACACACACACACUCUUUUGCUCCAGAAGAUUAUCUAAACCAAGAUGACACUUUAAACAGUGUAAAAUACUGUAACUGCGUUGUGAAAAUAAAGCAGUGUAUAAUAAAAAA